GGGGGGCGGGCGCUUCCGGUCACGUGAGGAGGUUGUUUGAAGCCGCUGUGCGGCGGCAUCAUGGCUGCUCCGGCUGAGACGGAGCGGCUGCUGGGCCGCGGCGCCGGCUACGGCACGGUGGAGCCGCCGGCCGAGGAGGAGGAGGAGGAGGAGGAGGAGCUGCGCCGCCGCCUCAAGUACUUCUUCAUGAGCCCCUGCGACAAGUACCGCGCCCGGGGGCGGCGACCCGUCAAGCUGGGGCUGCAGCUCGCCAAGAUCCUCCUCGUCACCGUUCAGCUCAUCCUCUUCGGGCUCAGCAACCAGAUGGUGGUGACCUUCAAGGAGGAGAACACCAUCGCCUUCAAGCACCUCUUCCUCAAGGACUACGUGGACGGCUCGGACGACUCGUACGCCGUCUACACGCAGCACGAGCUCUACGAGCGGGUCUUUUACGCAGUGGAGAAGUACUUGGCCAUUCCCAACGAGACCAUCGGGCGCUACGCCUACGUGCGGGGCGAGCACGGGGCCAACCGCUCGGCCCUCAUGCUGUGCCAGCAGUUCUACCGCAAAGGGCGCAUCGACCCGGCCAACGACACCUUCAACAUCGACCCCAAAAUCGUCACGGACUGCCUGGGAGUGGAGCCCCAGGAGCCGCAGCCUCUCCCGCCGGAGUUGGACCGCAGCUACAGGAACUUCACCCUCAAAUUCCACAAGCUCAUCAAUGUCACCAUCCAGUUCAAGCUGAAAGCCAUCAACAUCCAGACCAUCAUCAACAAUGAGAUCCCAGACUGCUACACCUUCACCAUCACCAUCACCUUUGACAACAAGGCUCACAGCGGCCGGGUGAAAAUCCACCUCGACAACCGGGCUGACAUCAAGGAAUGCAAGGACCCCAGCAUCUUCGGCCGAGGUGACAACUCCUUCCGGCUCUUCUUCGACGUCGUCGUGCUCCUUGUGUGCUCGCUCUCCUUCAUCCUGUGCGCCCGCUCCAUCAUACGGGGCCUCCUGUUGCAGCACGAGUUCAGCCAGUUCUUCCAGCGCCGCUACAACCAGAGUGUGUGCGUCUCGGACCGCAUGGAGUUCCUCAACGGCUGGUACAUCCUGCUGGUGGUGAGCGACAUCCUCACCGUGCUUGGGACCAUCAUGAAGAUCGGCAUCGAGUCCAAGAACUUUGCCAGCUACGAUGUCUGCAGCAUCCUCCUGGGCACCUCCACGCUGCUUGUCUGGGUUGGGGUCAUCCGCUACCUCACCUUCUUCCAGAAGUACAAUAUUCUCAUCGUCACGCUGCGGGUGGCCCUGCCCAACGUCAUCCGCUUCUGCUGCUGUGUGGCUGUCAUCUACUUGGGCUACUGCUUCUGUGGCUGGAUCGUGCUGGGCCCGUACCAUGUCAAGUUCCGCUCCCUCUCCAUGGUGUCCGAGUGCCUCUUCUCCCUCAUCAACGGGGACGACAUGUUCGUGACCUUUGCUGAGAUGCAGCAGAACAGCUACCUGGUGUGGCUCUUCAGCCAGAUCUACCUGUACACCUUCAUCAGCCUCUUCAUCUACAUGGUGCUCAGCCUCUUCAUUGCCCUCAUCACUGGCUCCUACGAGACCAUCAAGCACCAGUGCGAGGGCGAAACGCCCGUCUCGCAGCUCCACGCCUUCAUCGCCGAGUGCAAGGACAGCCCCAAGUCGGGCAAGUACCGCCGCGAGAGCACCUCGUCCUGCUCCGUCUUCUGCUGCUGCGAGAGGGCUCCUCUGCCGGACAACACCUUGCUGGUGAACUGAGGGACGCUGCCACCGAUGAGCUGGUCCUACCGCACGGACUCCUUCUGCCGCCGGGGCUGCGUCCCCGUGCUCUUUUAUUUAUUUUAAUGUCGGCUUUUAUCGGCACCGGAGCUCAUCACCUGCCCCAGAGGUGAUGGGGCGAGAUGGCACCUGUGUUUUCCGGGGCAGAUCUCGCAGCGCCAGCACCCGAGAACUGGAUGGAUGAUUGCAGCCCCUUUUUCCUGCAGUGGCCGUGGUGUCUCCAUGCUCCAGCACCCAAAAUGCAGCCCCUGGGUCCUGCCUGGAUGCUUGUUCCUGAGGUGGGGGGGGGCCUGCGGUGCCACAACUUUGGCUCUGCUGAGCUGGGAGUCGCCUCCAGAGCCCGGAGCAGAGCUGGGGCGAGAGCAAAACCGCUUCCUCCCACGUUGGCCCCGGGCGGGGAGCUCAAGGGGCGCUUUGUUUCCCCGUUUCGCUCUCAGCUCCGUGCUGGGCGCGAGCUGGUACCUCCCGCCCCGUCGCCUCUUUUUGCUCUCGGCGCAGCCCCAAACUCGCGCUGGCAGCUCCGGCUGCGUUUCGGCUCCGGCGAGCCUCGAGGCUGUUUACGCGGAGAGAGAGAGAGAGGUCAAGGGCAGGAUUUGUAACCGCAGCAGGAGCAGCUGUCUGCCGCUGGAGCGGGGCCAGCCGCUGCCUGGCCUCUUCCCCCAGCCCCCUGGGCCGGAGCCGAGCGGAGGAAAGGGGCAGCUGAGCCGGGACCGGGCUCUUUGGCCGAAUUUAUUUCUCCCCCCCCCCACACCCCUCGCAGGGGAGCCCGGCAGAGCGUUCGCUGCUCCCUUUCCUCUAAUCCUGCCUCUCACUCCUGAACUGAGUUGGGCCUGGGCUCGGCUGCGGCACUGCAGGCUCGUCCCGGCCCUCGGUCGCCGUUUUGAGGCCGCGUCGAGCAGGAAGACGGGGUCGGCUGGUGCCGUCGGGGGGUGCCCCAUCGGGCUUCCCCUCCCCCCCCCCCCACCUGGGUGCUGGGUUGCGCUGGGCGAAUAAAGUAUCCCAGGAGGAAAA